UUUACCAUCUCACGCCGACGACGGCCACAUGUGCCUUGCGGCUAGUUCAUCACAGAUUUGCACCGAUACCCACAGCCCCAGUUAACCAUGAAUCUGCUGCCCAAAACGGCCACCGAGUUCGGUACGACCGAGUACUGGAACAACUUCUUCAAGAAGCGCGGCAAGCAGGCCUUCGAAUGGUACGGCGAAUACCCGGAACUGUGCGGCCAGCUGCACAAGUACAUCAAAACCAAGGACGAGGUGCUGAUGGUCGGCUGCGGCAACUCCAAGCUCAGCAUGGACUUGUAUGAUGUUGGGUUCAGACAAAUCACCAACAUCGACAUCUCGCAAGUGGUCAUCAAGCAGAUGCAGGACGCGAAUCGGACGACGCGGCCGGAAAUGCUGUGGUACCACAUGGACGCAACCGCGAUGACCGCUUUCAGUGACGAGAAGUACUCGGUGGUGUUGGAUAAGGGUACGCUGGACGCGCUGUUCACUGAUGAAACUGAAGAGACGAUCGCGACGGUGAGGAAGUACUUUUCGGAGAUUGCUCGAGUGUUGCGCGUGGGAGGUCGUUACGUGUGCAUUUCGCUGCUUCAGGAGCACAUCCUGAAGGAAGUGUUGAGCUUCUUCCCCGAGCACGAGUUCAUGUUUCGGGCGAUUCGGUGCGUUGAGGCGGAGCAGAAGACGGCGGAAGGGAACAGCGAUGGAACUUCGAUGCCGGUGUUUGUGGUGGUGGCGACAAAGUUUCGGAAGCUGCCGAUGAAGGUGUACGAGGUUUGCCUCGCCGGAGAUGAGAUUCAACGGGUUCAAAAGCCGGAAGAAAUUGUUCUCUCGGUGGCCGCCGCCCAGAAAGCUUCCAUGGUUUGCAACGGGUUGGUCAGGGGGAGUAUUGCCGGGAUGAGCGAGGUAUCGCUGGAUUUGCAUCGACCUGGGGAGGAAAUUGCGCGGUACACAAUCCACGUGCUGGACCAGAAGCCGAUUCGAGGAAACGGGAAGUACGCGGCGUUCAUUGUGCCGCAAGGGCGGGAAACGGAGUGGCUGUUUUCGACUCCUCAAGGCCGGCAGAAGCUGCUAGCUUCGGCAAGUCACGACAGGUUAGCGAUUGUUUCGCUACAUCGUGGACAGGUCUACGCAAGUUGGGAUGCCGUCAAGGAUGAGUUGGCAGAAAGUGUCAAAUCGCUGGCCCCGCACGGAUUGCACGCCCAUAUUCCGUAUCUUUCACUGGGUUCGGAAGUUGGUCAACGCGAAACCAUCUUCAAAGGACACUCAACCAUGUCCGGUGACUACAUCGUGGAGGAGAUCUUGGGCAACGACAAUCGCAUCUUUAGACGCCUGAUCUUCCUGAACAACCAGUUUGUGAUUCAAUCGGAGGCCGCGGUCAAGCUGGUCAAGGGAAAAGGCAAAUCGAAAACUUCGUCAAAGGUCGUCGACCCGGGAUAUCUAGCCUGUCAACACCACUUGUACAUGACGGUCGGUGUCCACCUGGCGACCUGCUUGGCUACUGGCCAAGCAGCGAACCCCGUAAUGGUGGUCGGUUUGGGCGGCGGUGGCCUGUGCACCUUUAUCCAUCAGUGCCUGCGCAACACCAGCCUGGUCGCGGUCGAGAUCGACCCGGAAAUGCUAACCGUAGCGACCAGCUACUUCGGGCUCGCCCUGGACGACCGACUGGCGGUUCAAAUCCGCGACGGCAUCGACUACCUCGCGGAUUGCGUCCAAUCGUCGCAACGCUUCCGCGCCAUCCUGUUCGACGUCGACAGCAAAGAUCCCACCCUCGGCAUGAGCUGUCCACCGCAGGCCUUCGUCGAGCGAGCCGUUCUGGACAACGCCAAGACGCUGCUCGGCGCGGACGGACUGUUCAUCCUGAACCUGGUCUGCCGGGACGAAACGCUCCGGGAGUCCGUGCUGCGGGAGUUGCGCCGCGUGUUCCGGUACGUGCUGUCGUACAAGCUGGAGGAGGACGUCAACGAGAUUUUCUACUGCGCCGACAACGCCGCCCUGGACAGCGCAGACAAGUGGCAGGAGGCGAUGAAACGAUCCGCGCAGGAGAUCAACGCGCUCGCCAAGAAGCAUAAGCUGAGCCGAGAGGAGCUCGUUGAUUUGGAGGAGUUUGUGCAAGCGUUGAAGAUUUAAAAUAAACGAGUUGACCCCACUUGGGAAAUGUUCUUUUUGUUCUACGCGAAAGAAAAUCCGUCGUACCUUUUAAAUUUUAAUACAGAGCACAUAAUAUUGUGUGUGUUUUAUUACGUUUCGUACUCGUACUUUUUUCCACAUAUUUACACACAAAGCGUCAAGCUUUUCAAACACGUACGAUCAAUAGUUAUGACUAAACGUAAACAUAUUAACAGAGCUAAGGGUUAGGCUAUCCUCCUUCUUCGCAAGCAGGCAUGAUGGGUAUUUUGUGUUGUUUACUAAUUGUUUUGUUAAAAUAUCGUUCGUUUUUGUUUUUCUAAGAUUUUGUUUGGGUUAGCUCAACAUCAUGCGACAGUUGUGAUUUUUUUAAACGCUUCAAGCGUUUUUUUUUUAGUUUAGAACUUUCUACGUGUGUAUGUUGUGUUGUGUAUAGAUCAUAGUUUUGAACAAGUCUUAGGUUUGUUAUUUUCUAAUUCCUCGUUGGAGGUUAGGUGAAUGUAACGCGAACGUAAUCUUCGAAAUUCUAAAAAUCUCAAUGUAUUUUUGUGUCUAGUUUUGUUGAUGUUUAUGCUAUUUUUUAAGAUAAUUGUAUCAAGCUGAAAAAUAUUAAAAUGAAGUUGAAAAUUUUAAAAUUAGAAGAAGUAAAAAUGCUUUCUCUCAAAAACUACAAAAUAUUUUAGAGACUGAAAUAUUAGCAACAACAAUAAGACAAAAAUAAUGUCAAAUUACUUAUUAAGUCAGUAAAGAAUCCAUCCACAAAGUUUCAGCCAAAUAAAAAUCUAAUUUUAAAAAUUUAGUUAUGUCUUUAGUAUAACGUCAAAAAGAGAUAAAUGAAAUAGACUAGGUUAAAAUAUUGUUCCAGAAGUCUAGUUGAGCACUUGAAAAUUAUGUAAUUUGUGAUUGUAGAUAAAAGUCUCAAAUUUUGAAAUCGCUUUCAUAGCUUAAAUAUGAACUUUAUUACCGAAACAUAUGAAUUUCAACAACAAAUUGACAAACAAUCACGAAACAAAGAACAUUCAUUGCGACACAUACACUGAUUAUGAAAAAAAAAACGAUUUAUCGAUGCACAACGCCGAUC